CCUGCUGAAAAUCACUUCUAGACACAGUGGAACAGGACAAUCUCGUGCUUUCCCAAUUAUUAUUCAUGUAGGCUACAGAACGGUUAACACUUAAUUUAGUUUCGUCUUUUGAUACGGUGAGGUUGAGACGUCUGUGCCCUCUGUUUUUGGAGCUCGUGCAGACUGUAGAGCACCGCCAGUGUCUUCGGGAGAACUUCGGAAGUCCCCAAAUACGGAUUUAGCUGUAAGUAAUCGGAAUAACAACUUCACAUAUCACCAUUUAUCCCCGUUUUGAAUAUGCCAAAAUAAAUUUGAUGAUGCAACGGGGUGCGGGAUCUGCACUUCAUUAGCCUCCAGUAGCUGUGUACCGAUGGAUUAUCAAUAACCUAGAUAAUUCAGCCUACCAAAGCAUGAUUUCGUCUGGACAAAUAAUGGAAAGGUUUUGGAUGGUGUUUGUCACGUAGACUACGUUUCAAGUAAGUUUUCAGGCUUCAAAAAAGGAACAUUUUCGCACACGUGGGCAUCAUUUAGUGCCUGUUAUUGCGCCGAGGGAGACAUCAUCCACAUCAGAUCCUAUACUUCUACUGAAACACUGUGAGCGUCUGUGAUACAAUGAAUACAACAAUGGAACACACUGGGAUUGAAGAAGUGAACCAAACGCACCAACCGCACGAACCUAUCAGUUUUGGGAUCGACCAGAUUCUGAACAGCACGGACCAGUCGAGCAGCUGUAUGAUACCCAACCGAGCCAGCGACACGGAUUACCCAAACGUUUACACCAAUGGGUACAACAGCGUCUAUAACCCGGCUUGUUCCAUGGCUGCCGGACUGGCCGGUUCUUAUAACGUGAAUAUGAAUAUGAACGUGAGCAUGAACAUGAACGUUAACGUUAACUCCGGUAAUGCCGGAGGUGUUAUUAGGGUGCCCGCUCACAGACCGAUGCCCCCUGCGCCACACCCGCCCCCUCCUACCCACACACCUGGCCUCGGCACUGGCCUACCCACAGUGACGACAAUGCCAGGUAUGGGGAAUGCGGCGAACUUUACUUUUCCCUGGAUGGAGAGCAGCAGAAGAUUCGCAAAGGACAGAUUGACUGCGGAACAGAUAGAGGACAGCCAAGCAGGAGAAUCCGUGGGCAGGCCUGGGGCCCCCGCGUCCUUGCCCGGCCUCUGUCCCAUCCCCAAGGGAGACAUCGGCAGGGUCCCUGCCUGGAGCUCUAUGGAGACGUUAGCCAAACACUAUUACCCUGAGCUCGCUCACCUGCGAGACGCUGCAGGCCCACUUGCAGACUAUCCCUUUCGAAAGGGCACAUGUCCAGCAGCUUUAUCACCGUUUUCCGUGACUCGGCGCAUCGGUCACCCGUACCAGAACCGCACGCCCCCCAAGAGGAAGAAGCCUCGCACCUCGUUCAGCCGUGUGCAGAUCUGCGAGCUGGAGAAACGUUUCCACCGCCAGAAGUACCUGGCAUCUGCCGAGCGGGCUACGCUGGCCAAGGCCCUGAAGAUGACGGACGCGCAGGUGAAAACCUGGUUCCAGAACAGGAGAACCAAGUGGAGACGACAGACGGCGGAGGAGCGUGAGGCUGAGAGGCAGCAGGCCAACCGACUGAUGUUGCAGCUCCAGCAGGAAGCCUUCCAGAAGACCCUGAGCCAGCCCCUGCAGCAGGACCCCCUGUGCCUGCACAACUCCUCCCUCUACGCCCUGCAGAACCUGCAGCCCUGGGCCGACGACCACAAGGUGACCUCAGUCACCUCCCUGGCAUCCGUGGUCUGACUGCAUUCAGCGUGUGUGUGUGUGUGGAUGUGUGUGUGUGUGGGAAUGCAAAACAGUAUGAAGGCACAAAUAUGUAUUAAAUGUUAGUCUUAAAGGCACAACUGGGUGGGCCGUUAGAGUAACCACUCCCAUGUUGAUGGGCCAUGGAGAAGCCUGUGUCUUCAGCCUUAAGUUGAUGUUCAGAGACUGGUGGAUUACGGGACAGUCAAAACCCGUACAGUUUGUUCAGGACUGUUUGAAUGGACGUUGUCGUAUAAAGGACCUACCGUGCAUCGUUAAGGACACUGGGGAGACCUUUAAAGACAACUGCACUGUUUAUAUAUCUGUGAAGACCGCAUGUCCUCUUCUGUAGAGCACACUGCACUGUGUAAAUCUUCUCAUUAGAGACAUUUUGAGUCUGUUGAAAACGUUGUGCGUUUGUUUACACGCUAAUGAAAAGGAUGAUUUUAAUCUUCUGCUGUUGUUCUGUCAGAACUGAACAUGUCAUUUUCUUACCUUA